UUCAGGGUUGCCAUGACAACUGAAGUAGUCCUCUAAUUUCCAUCCUCUGCAUAAGGGUCAGACUCAGAAUGCUAUUUACAGGCACAGAGGUUACAGUACCCAUCAGGGACUGUUUGCACAGACUCCUCCUGCUGUGGAAUCAGCAAUUUGAUAAAACAGGAAGGUGGACCAGAUCUAAAAGAUACGAGCAGAGAAAGGUGUCCAGAGAACACAGUCCUUCAGGAAACCUGUCAUGAAGAGGGCACUCUGUUUUCAUGAAUCUUAUAAACGCCCCACUUGGAAAUGCUAAGAUCAGGCUUAAGGACAGCUGAGCCCCACUAGACAUCAAGACAACCCAUGGCUUUGGUUGCAUCUUUCAACAUGACCAAUCCACAGCCUGCCAUUGAAGGAGGGAUUUCUGAAGUUGAGAUUAUCUCCCAACAAGUAGACGAAGAAACCAAGAGCAUUGCUCCCGUGCAGCUGGUGAACUUUGCCUAUCGGGACCUGCCCCUGGCUGCUGUGGACCUCUCCACGGGGGGCUCACAGCUCCUGUCGAAUUUGGACGAAGAGUACCAAAGAGAAGGGUCUAACUGGCUGAAGCCGUGCUGUGGGAAGAGAGCAGCCCUGUGGCAGGUAUUUUUGCUCAGUGCGGGUCUCAACAGUUUCCUGGUAGCCUGUGUAAUAUUGGUGGUGAUUCUCCUGACUCUGGAACUUCUAAUAGAUAUAAAGCUUCUCCAGUUUUCCAGUGCAUUCCAGUUUGCUGGUGUCAUUCACUGGAUCAGUCUGGUCAUCCUCUCUGUGUUCUUCUCAGAGACUGUUCUACGGAUCGUGGUGCUGGGGAUCUGGGAUUACAUCGAAAACAAAAUAGAGGUGUUUGAUGGGGCUGUGAUCAUCUUGUCCUUGGCCCCGAUGGUGGCAUCCACUGUGGCUAAUGGACCCAGAAGCCCCUGGGAUGCCAUCAGCCUCAUCAUCAUGUUCCGAAUCUGGCGAGUGAAGAGGGUCAUUGAUGCCUACGUCCUGCCAGUCAAAUUGGAGGUGGAGAUGGUUACCCAGCAGUACGAGAAGGCCAAGGCCAUCCAAGAGGAGCAGCUGGAGAGACUGACGCAAAUCUGUCAGGAGCAAGGGUUUGAGAUCCGCCAGCUGCGCGCGCACCUGGCCCAGCAGGACCUGGAUCUGGCUGCCGAGCGGGAGGCGGCGCUGCAAGGCCCUCACGUGCUCAGCCAGCCACGCAGCCGCUACAAGGUAGUGGAGGCCGGCACGUGGGCCGAGGAGACUGCGGCCGAGAGCAUCGUGGAGGAGAUGAGGCCCGCUCAAGAAGCCACAGUGAAGGACGACAUGAACAGCUACAUUAGCCAGUACUACAACGGACCUAGCAGUGACAGUGGGAUCCCAGAGCCAGCAGUGUGUGUGGUCACUACAGCUGCCAUAGACAUCCACCAGCCCAACAUCUCCUCAGACCUCUUCUCAGUUGACCUGCCUCUGAAGCUCAGUGGUAACAGCGCCUGCACCAGUGCCACCUCGGAGGCCACCUCCCACUCCACCUGUGGCUCAGUCACCAGGGCCCAGAGCGCCAGCAGCCACACACUGGCUUCCUCCACAGACUGUAGCACCCCCCGAGAAGAGCUGUCCUCUGAGCCUGGACCUUCUCCCCACCCACUGCUGCCUCCCCCUCAGCAGCAGGUGGCAGAGGCCACAGUCCAGGACCUGAUGUCCUCUCUGUCAAAGGACCCCUGCCCAUCCCAUAAGGCCUUGGAGCCAGCACCCCUGGCCCAGCCUACCCCUGCGGGCUCAGCCCAGACCAGUCCUGAGCUGGAGCACAGGGUAAGUCUGUUCAACCAGAAGAACCAGGAGGCCCUCCCUGUUCUUCAGAUCAAGCCUGUCAUCCACUUGCAGCCCACAGCAGGGCUGGAGGAGAAGUUCAGAUCUUUGGAAUCCAAAGAGCCGAAGUUGCAUAGGGUUCCUGAGGCCUAGAGAGCGUGCAGUCUUGUUGAGUGCAAAGAGGGGAGACAGCCAUCUUGAAACUCUUUCAAGACCCCAGAGGCCACCCAGGGCCACAAAUGGGGCUCAGGAUCCCGCCUGGCCUCCCUCAGGGUGCUGUCUGCCUCCGGGAGGUGAUGCCAGGCAGAGGCCACAUGCCUCAGACCUCAGAGUCCAGAGCUGGGGCCUCCUCUCGGCCUACUCAGGAGAGGGUGGUGCUCAUGGCUGGGGUUUGGGGUUUUUGUUUUGUGUUUCUGGUUUUUUUUAACCAUUUUUACAAAACCAGCCUAUGGCCCAGCUUCAGCAGGGUAGAGCGUGGGGACCAGCUCAGCCUAUCCCGUGGCCUUCGUUCCUGAUGCCCACCCCGGAUUCUCGGGGACAGCACUGUGAGCAGGGGCUGCCCAGCCUCACCCCAGGAAUGCUGGGGGAGCCGACACAAUCACAAAGACCACAUCUGACAUUCUCUCAUUUCAACGUGGACGUUUCCAAGUCUUCACAGGCCAUGAGGGGACGGAUCUGGAGGUGGGAGGGGGUG